ACUGCAGGAUCGAUCCAGACGUCCAGACGCGCUCCCGGCUCUCGUCACGGUAUCAUCGGAGUUCUACAUCGGAGCGGUCAUGCAAAGACGGUUGAAGACGGCAGCGCGGAUAGGAUCGCUUUUGGUAUGGUUGAGGCAGGUGCACUUGAUGCCGUAGGGCAAGAGGUUUUCCGCGUGCUCCACGGUUGGCAGCAGAAUUCCGGUGUAAUUGGUGAAAAUCUCUUCGCCUUCUUCGAUGACUCGAACUGGGCGAAGUUCCAUAGAAAAGGAAGAUAUGUAAAAUUUCUGUCGAACGAGGAAAAGCCUCUAACCUGUGUUUUACCCUGGAAAGAUUUUUGUAGAUGCUAAUAUACCGGCCAAUUUUGUCCUUCGUGGAAGGAAGUUAUUCCAGCGCUGGAUCGUGGCAACAGCAAACGAGAUGGAGAUGUCGUA